CGAACGGGCUUCAGAUGCUUCUGGGUCGCGGUGGGGAAAGCUCGCAAGUUCUUGUGUGUGAGCUGCAUUAGUCGAGCGCUUAGAGCGACCCGGCGAGGGAUGGCGGCCACCGGGACCGCGGUCGCCACGGCCACCGGCAAGCUCCUGGUCCUGCUGCUGCUCGGGCUCACGGCGCCUGCCGCGGCACUGGCUGGCUACAUCGAGGCUCUUGCAGCCAACGCCGGAACAGGAUUUGCUGUCGCCGAGCCUCAGAUUGCAAUGUUUUGUGGGAAGUUAAAUAUGCAUGUGAACAUUCAGACUGGGAAAUGGGAACCUGACCCAACAGGCACCAAGAGCUGCUUUGGAACAAAAGAAGAAGUUCUUCAGUACUGUCAGGAGAUGUAUCCAGAGCUACAGAUCACAAAUGUGAUGGAAGCAAAUGAGCCGGUCAGUGUUGACAAUUGGUGCCGGAGGGACAAAAAGCAGUGCAAGAGUCACAUCGUGAUACCUUUCAAGUGUCUUGUGGGUGAAUUCGUAAGUGAUGUUCUACUCGUUCCAGAAAAGUGCCAGUUUUUCCACAAAGAGCGGAUGGAGGUGUGCGAGAAUCACCAGCAUUGGCACACUGUAGUUAAAGAGGCCUGUCUGACUGAGGGGAUGACCUUAUAUCGCUAUGGCAUGCUGCUGCCGUGUGGGGUAGACCAGUUUCAUGGCACUGAAUAUGUGUGCUGCCCUCAGACAAAGACUAUUGAAUCGACUGUGUCAAAAGAAGAGGAGGAGGAUGAGGAGGAAGAAGAGGAAGAGGAUGAAGAGGAAGACUAUGAUAUUUACAAAAGUGAAUUUCCUACCGAAGCAGAUUUGGAGGACUUCACAGAAGCAGCUGUGGAUGAGGAUGACGGGGAUGAGGAAGAAGGGGAGGAGGUGGUGGAAGACCGUGAUUACUACUACGACACCUUUAAAGGCGAUGACUACAACGAAGAGAACCCUACUGAACCCAGCAGCGACGGGACGGUUUCAGAAAAGGAGAUUACUCACGACGUUAAAGCUGUCUGCUCCCAGGAGGCGAUGACGGGGCCCUGCCGGGCCGUGAUGCCUCGUUGGUACUUCGACCUCUCCAAGGGAAAGUGCGUGCGCUUUAUAUAUGGCGGCUGCGGAGGCAACAGGAACAAUUUUGAGUCUGAGGAUUAUUGUAUGGCUGUGUGUAAAGCGAUGAUUCCCCCAACUCCUCUGCCAACCAAUGAUGUUGAUGUGUAUUUCGAGACCUCUGCAGACGAUAACGAACAUGCCCGCUUCCAGAAGGCUAAGGAGCAGCUGGAAAUACGGCACCGCAACCGAAUGGACAGGGUAAAGAAAGAAUGGGAAGAGGCUGAGCUUCAGGCCAAGAACCUCCCGAAAGCAGAGAGGCAGACUCUCAUUCAGCACUUCCAAGCUAUGGUUAAAGCCCUAGAGAAGGAAGCAGCCAGCGAGAAGCAGCAGCUGGUGGAAACCCACCUGGCUCGGGUGGAAGCUAUGCUGAAUGACCGCCGCCGCAUGGCUCUGGAGAAUUACCUGGCUGCCUUGCAGUCUGACCCACCACGGCCUCAUCGCGUCCUCCAGGCCUUGCGGCGUUACGUCCGUGCUGAGAACAAAGACCGUCUGCAUACCAUCCGUCACUACCAGCAUGUGUUGGCUGUUGACCCAGAGAAGGCAGCCCAGAUGAAAUCCCAGGUGAUGACACAUCUCCAUGUGAUUGAAGAAAGAAGGAACCAAAGCCUCUCACUGCUCUACAAAGUACCUUAUGUAGCCCAAGAAAUCCAAGAGGAAAUCGAUGAGCUGCUUCAAGAACAGCAUGCAGACAUGGACCAGUUCACGGCCUCUAUCUCAGAAACCCCCGUGGACGUCCGGGUGAGCUCCGAGGAGAGUGAUGAGAUCCCACCAUUCCACCCCUUCCAUCCCUUCCCGUCCUUACCUGAGAACGAAGACACUCAGCCGGAGUUGUACCAUCCAAUGAAAAAAGGAUCUGGAGUAGGAGAGCAGGAAGGAGGACUGAUCGGUGCUGAGGAGAAAGUGAUUAACAGUAAGAAUAAAGUGGACGAAAAUAUGGUCAUCGACGAGACCCUGGAUGUUAAGGAAAUGAUUUUCAAUGCCGAGAGGGUUGGCGGCCUGGAGACAGAGCCGGAAUCUGUGGGGCCACUGCGGGAGGACUUCAGUCUGAGCAGCAGCGCCCUCAUCGGGCUGUUGGUCAUUGCAGUGGCCAUCGCCACGGUCAUAGUCAUCAGCCUGGUGAUGCUGAGGAAGAGACAGUAUGGCACCAUCAGCCAUGGGAUUGUGGAGGUUGACCCAAUGCUCACCCCAGAAGAGCGUCACCUGAACAAGAUGCAGAACCAUGGUUAUGAAAACCCGACCUACAAAUACCUGGAGCAGAUGCAGAUUUAAGUGGGAGAAAGCAAGUGGCAGCGCCUGCUGGGGGAGGUGCUGCAGGUGGGCUAGAAGGGGUCCAGCAUUUUGGAUCAACUACUGGACCAGCAGUGCUUCCAGAGGAUUCAUCUGAUGUGCAGACCUUCUGGAUUGUUAGGACUCUAAAGUACUACUGUAGAAUCACAAUCUCCAUUCUUUUAAAUGGGUGAAAAAUGUUAAUAUAACAAUAUAUGAUAUAUAAACCUUAAAUGAAAAAAUGAUCUAUUGCAGAUAUUUGACUGAUGUAGUUUUCUUUUUUUAAAUUAAUCAGAAAUCCCACUUCCAUUGUAUUGUCUUACAUACGCGCUCUGUAAAUGGGAAAUGUUGGUUUUUGGUGAUAGACUGUAUAUGCAGGCCGUUCCAGCUGUAUUGUAUGCGUCACUCCUUUAGGCUCAUUCACUGUCCUGGUUUUUAUUAGGAAAAAAAAAAAAACAAAAAACCUAAGGCAGUAUUCCCUUGUUAAAUGAGCUAGCUUUCAGAAAGUUGCCCAGAAACUAAAUGUUAAGGGGAACCGUGAUUGACCGUUCAAACACUUCAUGAUACUCUUGCAAAAUUAUUUUAAAGGACCAGUUCUUUGGAAGUCAGGUGUUCCCAGUGCUGGGUACCUUGGUGUCCCAAGGAGGUUAAAAGCAUUUGAGCCCCGGCAUCUUUUAGUGAGAGCCUCACGUAUACAGGUUAGGGCAUCCACUACUGCUUUCCUUCUGAAUCCAGUUCUUCCACAGAAAUUAGCCUGUAGUUUGUAUAUGACGUUCUUCCACUGUCUGCCGUUACUGACCGUAGCUUUUUACUGCUCACUUCCCUUCCAAGUAACGUCCAUAUGUGCUGUCUUUUCCCCUUUGGACAUUUUCCCCCGGAAGGCACUGGCCCUCAACCCUCUCCACUGUACCUUGACUUCUCUGCCCACCCUCGCCUGGCACCAGCCUCUCUGCUGUUCAAAGACCACAGUGGUAGGUGUCCAUGCCGCCUGGGAGGGAAGGUGGGGGGCUUGCUUUGACGUGCAAGGAGGAUGUUCCAUGUUUUAUGCGAAACGCUCUGUAGACACCGUGGAAAAUUUUGGAGAUUGUUUCCUUCACCUGAGUCUUUGUGAUGCUUGUAUAGUGGAUGAUGCUCACAGCUUUUUCUUUUUCUUCUGUUUUUGUUUCUUUCCUUUUUUUUCUCCUCCCCUCUCCCCCUCUUUUUUUUUUUUAAUUCUGAAGGUUCUGGUAACCUGUGGUGUUUUUUUUUUUUUUUUCCUGUGUUUUUUUUUUUUUUCUUUUUUUUUUUUUUUUGUCUGUCUUCUUCUUCCUCCCCUUCACCUUAUCCAUGUGUCUUCCCACUAUGCACAGAUAAAGUUCACCCACAAACUCCUUAAUCUGAUCUGUGGAGAAUGUACAGUUUAAACACAUCAAUAAAUACUUUAACUUCCA